UUCUCUUCAAUCGUUCUUCCACUGGAAAAGCCAGUCAGUCGAGAGGAAGUCGGAGUUAAGAGCGAGCUCGAGCGGACGGCCAUGGCUGAGCGGAAAGUGUACGGUGCUUCCUUUUCGAGGGCCACGAUGAGGGCCGUCGCCUGCCUUUACGAGAAGGAUCUUGACUUCGAGUUCGUCCAGGUCGACAUGAGGGCCGGAGCUCACAAGCAGGAGCCGUUCAUUUCCCUAAACCCGUUUGGACAAGUUCCUGCAUAUCAGGAAGGCGAUGCGACGUUCUUUGAGUCAAGGGCCAUAAGCAAGUUCAUAGCCUACAAGUACAUGGAUAGGUGCACUCAGCUCCUCGGCAAGAGCCCAGAGGAGUCGGCCCAGGUCGGAGUGUGGACCGAGGUGGAAGCCCACCAGUUCGACCCACCGGCCUCCAUGCUCCUGUUCGAGUGCCACUUCAAGCCCAUGUUCAUGGGCACCCCAACCGACGAGGCCGUGGUUGCCGAGAACGAGGCCAAGCUCGGCAAGGUCCUCGACGUCUACGAGGCGCGCCUCGGCAAGAGCAAGUACCUCGUCGGGCCCGACUUCAGCCUGGCCGACCUUCACCACCUGCCGGUCAUCCACGUCCUGUUGAAGUUUCCCCGGGUGGCCACGCUCUUUACCUCGCGCAAGCACGUCAAUGCCUGGGUCAAGGACAUCACGUCUCGACCUGCUUGGUGCAAGGUGGUUCAGACCUACAACUUCUGAGCUCAGAGUUGACCGUAAACUUUCUGUUUUUUUUUCUCUCUCUCGAGUGUGUGGGAUCUAAAUAAUGCGUAGUUGGUGUGUUUGGUGCGCCGAUUCGAAAGAGUCUUUGGUCCAUGUGUUGUUGUAGGGAGAGAAAAAGCACGGCAGCCUUGGCCAAUAAAUAUUUGUUGUUUUUUUAUCUGCGUCACACCUUUUGGCAUGGUUUUCUUAUCC